CCGACUGCACUUGAACUCGUCAGAAGCCACAGCAGGUUGCGCGGAGGGUGGGGAGUCUUCGGAGGAUCUUUGUCUCCAACAACAUCUCUCUCCGUCUGUCAAAACCGAACUAAAACCUUAUUCCAUCCGUAGAUCCACUUGCACCCGGGACGCGGCCAGGCGACACACCUCUUGGGGGAGAAAAUGCUUCAGUCUUUCACCAGCAAUUCCUGCGUGCGUCUGAUCCAGAGCCACAAAUCGACAUGGUACUUUGCCUCCCUGGUCCUCGGCUAUGUGCUCUACCUGGUGUUCGGCGCCGUCGUCUUCUCGUCGGUGGAGCUGCCCUCCGAGGACCUGCUGCGGCAGGAGCUGCGCGCCCUGAAGAAGCAGUUCCUCCGGGAGAACGACUGCCUCUCCGAGGAGCGGCUGGAGCGCUUCCUGCAGAGAGCCCUGGAAGCGAGCAAUUACGGGGUCUCCAUCCUCAACAAUGCCUCGGACAACUGGAACUGGGACUUCACCUCCGCGCUGUUCUUCGCCAGCACCGUGCUGUCCACCACAGGAUAUGGUCACACGGCGCCUCUGUCGGAUGGCGGGAAGGCCUUCUGCAUCAUCUACUCAAUAAUUGGCAUCCCCUUCACCCUCCUCUUCCUCACCGCCGUGGUGCAAAGGAUCAUGGUGUUCAGCACGCGGAGGCCGAUCACAUACAUCCACACGCGCUGGGGCCUGUCAAAGCCACUGGUGGCCAUUGUUCAUGCUACCCUGCUCGCAACGCUGGCCGUCUCUUGCUUCUUCCUCAUCCCCGCCGCCAUCUUUUCGGCGCUGGAGGAGAACUGGAACUUCCUGGAGUCCUUCUACUUCUGCUUCAUUUCGCUGAGCACCAUCGGCCUGGGAGACUACGUACCAGGAGAGGCUUCUAAUCAAAGGUUCAGGGAGCUCUAUAAAGUGGGCAUCACUGUGUACCUGAUCCUGGGUCUGAUCGUCAUGCUGGUGGUGCUGGAGACCUUCUGCGAGCUGCAGCAGCUGAAGCAGCUGAGGAAGAUCUUCUACCUGAAGAAGGAGAAGCCGCAGGACCGCCUCGCCAUUUUGGAGCACGACCACCUUUCCUUCACCACAGUGUCCGACCGAGCCGCGGUCCACUUCGAAGGCAAAAACCAGCCGUUUGUGAGCGUCCCCACUCUGGUCUCUCCCAACGACGAUCCCAUGAUUCAGUAAAGACAGAGCAAACAUCUAUGGAAGUAUUAGAUUAAAACAAGUUGGAGUGACGUUCGCAAAACUAGAUAGAAUCAGUAGAUCAUAGGUCUCAGCUGUAGACAUUCUGCAAAGCUCAGCCCUGCAAAUUUUAGCCGUGAAACUAGCUCAUGAUGAUUCACAAUAAGGAAACAAUCUCCUUUUACCACAAUACUGACGAUAAAGCGCUAUGCAGCAGAAACCCGAAUUUAAGUACAUUAGAGAUAAAACAAUAUUUAACAGUUACUCUGAAGGCAAACAAUUGAAGACUCACCUUCUGCUGUAUUUAUGACUCACAGGAGCUAAGCGCUUUUAUGAGCUUGAUUAUUUAUUGCAUAUCUAGGGACAUUUUAGAAAGUAAUUGGUCUUUUAAAUCUAGAUGAAUGAUAGGACAAUUAUCUGCAGUCCGUCAUGAAACGAGUACAUAAAUGUGUGUGUAUGUUAUGGUGACUUAACGUGGACUGUACAUUAUCAGGUUAAAGAGGUGAAGAAUAUAAUGGCAUCUUGAAGGAGCACACCUAAAGAUGAGCCAAAGUGCAAACACAACAUAAAACCAGUAGAUACAUUGACUGACAUGAGAUUUUUUUAAAUAGUUUUUUACGGUGAAACUUUGACAUGAAAGCUUUUAAUCUACCAUGUUGCGUUUUCUGUCCGAGUUUGUUGGUGGAGAAUCUCUGAAAGACCCCAAUUGUUUUCUUUUCAUUUGGCUCCUGUCGAUAUUUAAGAGAAUUUGAGAGUGUCAGGGGCCCGAUGCUCCAUGGCGUAAUGUGGCUUCCAUUGUUGACUAAAACAAAGGCUGCAGCCGAUCCUGAACAGAAGCAUCUGAAAGAACAGAGCGGAGCUUUGCAGUCGUGUGUUCUGUAAGAUACUUUGGCUCAUCUUUAAAGGUUUGUUAACUGUUGCACUCCACGUCGUCACAUUUCAUUGUGAUGGGGCAAAUAUUUGUCUGCGUCUAUGUUUUUUUCCACACGUUGCAGUGCUAUUUCAAAGUGUGGCGACAAGCACUAUAAUUUAUUGAUUUGUCUGAAAGGUUUAAUGUCUGCUGGAAUGUGAGGAUACAAAAAGGGAAGGGAGGUUGUAACCCAUUUUUAAAAAGGGAACCACAGAGUGCUGGCUGGCCCAUUGUAUUUUACUGUCAAUAAACAGUGCACAGUUUGCACAUGCACUUGAACCAGGCAGCGGUUCAGGAGAAAAAAUUAAUACGAUUUACUUGGAUUUCUCUAAAAGGAAUGGGACACGGUCCUAAAGAGAUAUUUUUAAUGGAAAAAGAUGAUUUUACCUCUGUUGUAGAUGAUCUGUAAAAGGCUUUGUGAUUUCUCUUUCAAAGAAAAGAGCAAGACACUGAACAGAAACUAUUUUACUGUAUUUACGUCAUUUAAAUGUCCAAAUGUAUAUUUUAAGAUAUGGGACGAGGAAGGUUUACAAAACUUUGUUAACGAUUUAUGAAGGUAAUUAUGUACUUAAAAAUCAGCACAUUAGUGGGAACUUGAAACUGUAAAUUGAAGCAGCAAGAGUUAUCUCCCUAUUUCUGAUUAUUCCAUAAUUGGUGGAUAUCCAGUUACACUUGUUUUUAUGACAGGGACAUUGAACUCCUGUGUCUUUUUUAAAAGUAUGUUCAGCGGGAGGCAAAAGGUACUAGUUUAGUAGCAUUAUCCAUCCCCGACAUGCAUUUGUUAUCCGUUUUAACAAUGUGUCUGUUUCCUGCCGAUUUGCUGACCUCAUCUCUCUCAUUGCUGCAUCGCUACAUCGACACACAGUCGCAGUGUUUUAUAAAAAGUCUUGAAUGUAGUGUUUCUUGAUGCCGUUUUUUUUGCUACGUGGAGAUUCUAGGCCUGACCAGAGUGCAGCAUUACCUCUUGCUGCUCCGCUGGCUCUUGUUAGUUUAGUGAUAACGUGUUUAUAUAUGAAACCGUGCGUGUACAGGUGAGCUGCAGCUGCAAAUAUGAGCUUCUGACUAUGUCACUCAUCUGUGAUAAUGUAUUUUAUAGAUCAGUGGGAUCGUCUUGUUUCUUGACACCAGUCUGGGCCUUCAUGUAAACUGUGAAGCGGUGACGCCGUUCAUAUUGUCUACCGAGAAAAAGGGAAUAACUUUAAAAGAGUCUGGGCUUCUCUCAUUUAUACGAUGUUUCUGUAGACACAUUGUAGAUGUCAAUGCUUUUAACCCCUUCAGCUUCUGUCUCCGUGUUUGGCAGUUUGUCAUCAUGUAGUUGCUGCGAGCUUUCAGGUAGCGUAGUUCUUUUUUUAGGGAGUGAACAUUGUGUCCAGGAUAACAAUUAGAAGUAUAUGCUGACAUUAUGUGUUUGUGCUGACAAAACUGACAUGUAAUUUGGAAUAGUUGAGUGUCACGGUACAGAUAUUAUACAGGAAUGUACCUGAGGAUUUCUGUAAAGAGGUGAAUUCAUAAACUGUCCAAUUUCAGUGUGUCUUGAAUAAAGUGUUGGUUUAUAACUA